UGAUCAGUAAGUGUCUGUGAGUGUCUGAUAUGCCUGUGUCUCUAUGUGCCUUGGAGAAUGAGGGCCUGUGUGUAUAUUUGGGUAUCUCUUUGUGUGUUCCUGUUUGAUUGCAGUGUGUGUGUAAAACAAGCAUGUGCCUUUCCAUUACACACAUAUUUGUUAUGACUGUGAGAGUGUAUGAGGGUGUGUCUUUGAGCAAUGUGUGUGUGUGCCUGUGUCUGUGUGUGCUGGAGGGUGUUGUCUAUGAAUGUGUUAGCUGUGUACUGAUAUUAUUUGUCCUUAUGUGUGUGUGUGCAUGAGUAUGUGUACCUGUAUGGAGAACAAGAAUGUCCCUUUCCCAUUCAGCAUGUAUGUAGUAGAGGAGGAGCCUCUGUUCAGGCCUUUCUCUUCCCUUUCACCUAUGCCUCUCAGCCCCUCAUGUCCCUAUGUACCACCCCCAUUCUUCCUCCCUCUCCUUCCAGGAGGCCUGAGUUCUCUCCCCCUGAGUGAGGGGCUUCUAUAGAGAGACUGUGGAAGGUCCAUGGCUGGACGAUGAUGAUGGCUGGCUGAUACUUCUGGUCUUGAGGGUGGGGUAGCAGUCUUCCCCCUCCCCCACCAGAAGUAGUUCCAAAAUGCCACAGGAACUCUGGGCUCACUCAACUUCUGAAAUGCCUUCCUCUCUCCUCCCAGGGUGAUGCUUAGAGCCCCCAGGCAGAAAGGAGAGGAGCCAGGGGCUCAUUGGGGGUACAAUUCUUUUCUCUUCAGGCCUCCAUGGAAGUAGUCCCAGCAGGAAGACUGAUCAUCACCCCCAGGGGUGGGAUCAAUGAUGCCAUAUUCCCGGCGUGGGCUAGACCCCUGGUGCUCAGUGACCCCAGCCAGCUUUCCCUUCCCUGUCUCUGCUCUCCUGUCCACCCAACUCCCCGGCAGUUCACCCCCUCCUCCCCUUCCUCUCUUGCAGGCCUGUCUGAAGAGUAUGCUGCGCCCUCACUCCCCACCUGGCCUGGCCAUCCCUGCCCCCCCAGCCUGACCCCCGGCCCCAGCAUGGCCCAGGGUGCCAUGCGCUUCUGCUCGGAAGGCGACUGUGCCAUCUCCCCGCCACGAUGCCCACGCCGCUGGCUCCCCGAAGGCCCAGUGCCCCAGAGCCCCCCAGCCAGCAUGUAUGGCAGCACAGGCUCCCUACUACGGCGGGUGGCAGGUCCAAGUCCCCAAGGCCGGGAACUUGGACGUGUGACAGCACCCUGUACACCCCUGCGUGGCCCCCCUUCACCCCGUGUUGCUCCCUCACCCUGGGCACCCUCUUCACCCACUGGGCAGCCUCCACCAGGGGCCCGGAGCUCUGUGGUCAUAUUCCGCUUUGUGGAGAAGGCCAGCGUGAGGCCACUGAAUGGGCUACCUGCUCCCGGAGGCUUGAGUCGGAGCUGGGACCUGGGUGGGGUCUCUCCUCCCAGUCCCACCCCAGCCCUUGGUCCUGGCUCCAACCGAAAGUUGCGGCUAGAAGCAUCCACAUCAGACCCACUCCCAGCUGGAGGAGGCUCAGCUCUGCCUGGCAGCCAGGGCCUUGUACACGGGCCACCAGCUCAACCUCAGGUUGGAGCAGACGGCCUUUACUCCUCUCUCCCCAAUGGGCUGGGGGGACCCUCUGAGCACCUGGCCACAUUAUUCCGAGGACCUGCUGACACUGGACUCCUUAACCAGGGGGACACCUGGUCCUCACCCAGAGAAGUCUCCUCUCAUGCCCAGAGAAUCGCUCGAGCCAAAUGGGAAUUCUUCUAUGGCUCUUUGGACUCCCCCAGCUCAGGUGCUAAGCCCCCAGAGCAGGCCCCCCCAUCUCCACCUGGGGUGGGCUCAGGGCAGGGCUCUGGGGUGGCUGUGGGGCGAGCAGCCAAGUACUCCGAGACGGACCUGGACACAGUGCCCCUGAGGUGCUACCGCGAGACCGACAUCGAUGAGGUGCUGGCUGAGCGGGAAGAGGCUGACUCGGCCAUCGAGAGUCAGCCCAGCUCUGAGGGCCCGCCUGGCACUGCCCGCCCACCUGCCCCACGUCCCGGCCCAUGCCUUGGCCCUCGUUCCAGCCUGGGCAGUGGCAAUGAGGACGAGGAUGAGGCAGGUGGGGAAGAGGAUGUGGACGACGAGGUGUUUGAGGCCUCAGAAGGGGCCCGGCCAGGCACCCGAAUGCCUCACUCCGGGCCUCUCAAGUCGCCUCUGCCCUUUCUACCUGGGACCAGCCCCUUGGCUGAUGGGCCCGACUCUUUCAGUUGUGUGUUUGAAGCCAUCUUGGAGUCACACCGGGCCAAGGGCACCUCCUACACCAGCCUCGCCUCACUGGAGGCCCUGGCCUCACCUGGCCCAACCCAGAGCCCCUUCUUCACCUUUGAGCUGCCUCCCCAGCCUCCUGCCCCCAGGCCUGACCCACCUGCUUCUGCCCCACUUGCCCCUCUCGAACCGGAUUCUGGUACCAGCUCUGCUGCUGAUGGGCCUUGGACACAGAGAGGGGAGGAAGAGGAGGCAGAGGCUGGAGCCAAGCAGGCCCCAAGGAGGGAGCCCCCUAGUCCCUGCCACUCAGAAGACAGCUACGGGCUGGGGGCAGCUCCCCUGGGCAGUGAACCGCCCCUGAACCAGCUCGUGUCUGAUUCGGACUCAGAGCUGGACAGCACAGAGCGGCUGGCCCUGGGAAGCACAGACACCUUGUCUAAUGGGCAGAAAGCAGACCUGGAGGCUGCGCAGCGCCUAGCUAAGAGGCUGUACCGACUAGAUGGCUUCAGGAAGGCGGAUGUGGCCCGGCACCUGGGCAAGAACAAUGACUUCAGCAAACUUGUGGCUGGAGAGUACCUGAAGUUCUUUGUCUUCACGGGCAUGACUCUGGACCAAGCUCUCAGGGUGUUUCUGAAGGAGCUGGCCUUAAUGGGUGAGACCCAGGAACGAGAGCGUGUGCUGGCCCACUUCUCCCAGAGAUACUUCCAGUGCAAUCCUGGAGCCCUGUCCUCAGAGGACGGUGCGCACACGCUGACCUGCGCCCUCAUGCUACUCAAUACGGAUCUCCACGGCCACAACAUUGGGAAGCGCAUGACCUGCGGAGACUUCAUUGGUAACCUGGAGGGCCUCAACGAAGGCGGCGACUUCCCCAGAGAGCUGCUCAAGGCCUUGUACAGCUCCAUCAAGAAUGAAAAGUUGCAGUGGGCCAUAGACGAGGAGGAGCUGAGACGCUCUCUGUCUGAGUUGGCCGACCCCAACCCCAAGGUCAUCAAGAGAGUCAGCGGGGGCAGUGGCAGCGGCUCCAGCCCUUUCCUGGACCUGACUCCCGAGCCCGGGGCCGCAGUCUACAAGCACGGGGCCUUGGUGCGAAAGGUGCACGCAGACCCUGACUGCAGGAAGACACCUCGGGGCAAGCGGGGCUGGAAGAACUUCCACGGGAUCCUCAAGGGCAUGAUCCUCUACCUGCAGAAGGAGGAGUACCAGCCUGGGGAGGCCCCGUCGGAGGCUGAGCUGAAGAACGCCAUCAGCAUCCACCACGCACUGGCCACGCGUGCCAGCGACUACAGCAAGAGGCCCCACGUCUUCUACUUGCGCACCGCUGACUGGCGGGUCUUCCUCUUCCAGGCUCCGAGCCUGGAGCAGAUGCAGUCCUGGAUCACUCGCAUCAAUGUGGUGGCUGCUAUGUUCUCCGCACCCCCCUUCCCAGCUGCUGUCAGUUCCCAGAAGAAGUUCAGCCGCCCUCUGCUGCCCAGUGCUGCCACCCGCCUCCCCCAGGAGGAGCAGAUGCGGACCCACGAGGCCAAGCUAAAGGCCAUGGCAAGUGAGUUGCGGCAGCACCGGGCUGCCCAUCUGGGCAAGAAGGCCCGGGGCAAGGAGGCUGAGGAACAGCGGCAGAAGGAGGCCUAUCUGGAGUUUGAGAAAUCUCGCUAUGGCACAUAUGCAGCGCUGCUUCGGGUCAAGCUGAAGGCGGGCAGUGAAGAGCUGGAUGCGGUAGAGGCAGCACUGGCCCAAGCCGGGAGCACGGAAGACGGACUCCCCCCCACUCACUCCAGUCCCUCCUCGCAACCCAACACCUCCAGCCAGCCCCGGGCUCAGUGUCCUGGCGCAGAGUCUCGCGCAGGGGCAGGCAGUGGGCGGUGGAAGCCCUGAGUUGAGGGUGGGAGUCGGGGGGGGGCGGGUGGUGCCCACCAGGCACCUGCAUGACAGGGCCCUGCCUGAGCCCGGGCCGGCCUCGGGCCACCUGGGAGGGCCCCUCGGUCCAGGGCCUGACCGCGCCGGACGCGGUGUCCGGGGCAGGGCAGGGCUAGGGCAUGGGCCUCAGGAGCCUUAGGCUAAGGGCCCCUCCGAGACCCCCUUUUUGUGAUAAUGUUUUGCACUUUUUCGUACAGGGGACUGGGACGGGAGGGGCCAGGGCCCCUAGACUUUUGAUGCUUUUUUUUUUGUGUGGGGGAGACCUGACGUUUCUGCUGAGACACCCCACCCCUGACACCAGCAGUCGCCCUCCACCCUGGGGCCUGGCUCAGACAGAAGCCAGGAGUUGGGGCUGAGCUGGUUUUCCCUCCCUCUUCCAUGAGGGCUCACCCGCUCUUUCCAGAGGUGGCGGAAGGGUGUCCAUGCUGAGGCCCUAUGCACAGGCCGGGGGCAGCAUGGCCUUGCUUUCCCUCCUUCAGUGGGCCCUGCCCUUUGUAUAGCCUCCACCUCCAUUAAAACUGCUCUAGACUUGC